AUGUCGCGAAAAACAAACCCCAAAGACCGUCCCGUCAACUGGUCUCUGUACCUCGUCACAGAUUCCACGCCAGCCAUCUUGGGAGACAAGGACAUCCUGCACAUCGUGGAGGAAGCGAUCCAUGGCGGCGUGGGCGUGGUGCAGUAUCGAGAGAAACACGCCGAUACCGGAGCCAUGGUCGACGUCGCCGCCAAACUCCACACCAUCACGCAGAAAUACAAUGUCCCGCUCUUGAUCAACGACCGGGUCGACGUGUGUAUGGCCGUCGGCGCCGAGGGAGUCCACAUCGGCCAGGACGACAUGGAGGUUGCCCGUGCCCGGCAACUCCUGGGCCCCGACGCCAUCAUAGGGGUCACAGCCUCGUCGCCCGAAGAGGCCGACAAGGCCAUCCAAGACGGCGCCGACUACUUGGGCAUCGGCACCACGUUCGCCACGCCCACAAAGACAGACACAAAGCAUAUCAUCGGGACUCGGGGCUUGCAGCAGAUCCUUGCCACCUGCGACACUGGCUCCAAGAAGUCGAUCCCUUGUGUUGCCAUUGGCAGCAUUAACGCCUCCAACGUCCAGCGAGUUCUCCAUCAGUCCGCGUCUGGUUCGAACCGGCUGAACGGGGUCGCCGUGGUCAGUGCCAUUAUGGCGUCUACAGACCCGCGAACGUCUGCAAGCAUCCUUCUCGGCUCGAUCACAUCGGCGCCCGCGAAAUUCUACACUGCUGUACCCCCACACAGACUGCCCGUGACCACUGACCUGAAAACCCUCAUCGCCCAAGUUCCUGACAUCAUCAAAGCACACACUACCUCAGGCGUCAUCUGCCACAAUAUGACCAAUACUGUCGUGCAGAACUUCGUGGCCAAUGUCUGUCUCGGCACGGGCUCGUCUCCGAUCAUGUCUGAGAACGCAGCCGAGGCCGCGGACCUGGCGAAACUGGGCGGCGCCCUCGUCAUCAACAUGGGCACUAUCACGCCGGACAAGAUGGAGGCAUACAUCGCCGGCAUGAGAGCGUACAACGCGGCGGGGCAACCGGUCUUGUUUGAUCCCGUGGGUGGCGGGGCCACGGCCGUCCGCCGCGCCGCGAUCGAGAGGCUCCUCGCAGAGGGCUUCUUCAGCGUCAUCAAGGGCAACGAGGGCGAGAUCGGCGCCGUCGCAGGCACAUCGACGAUGCAGCAGCGCGGGGUCGACUCGGGACCCUCGGACUCGAGCGACGCGCAGAAAGCUCAGCUGGUCGAGGAGCUGGCGCGGCGCGAGCACUGCAUCGUGCUCAUGACGGGCAAAACCGACUACCUGUCCGACGGCACGCGCACGGUCGCGAUCCGCAACGGCUCGAACUGGCUGAGCAAGAUCACCGGGUCGGGCUGCGCCCUGGGCGCCGUGAUCGCGAGCUACCUGGCCGUGCACCGCGACGACAAGUUCCUCGCGGCGCUCGCUGGGAUCUUGCACUUCGAACUCGCCGCAGAGGAAGCCGAGGGCUUUUGCGGAGGGCCUGGGACGUUUAUCCCGCGUUUUUUGGACCAGCUUUCCCGCAUGGGCCGGGAUCUGCUCCCUGAAAUGGGCACAGUGAAACCCGAGGAUUUUGUCUCGAGGGUCAAGGUGGAGAUGGUUUCGUGA